AUGAUGAUGAACGUCCCCGGCGGAGGAUCAGCCACGGUGAUGAUGACGGGUUACAAUAAUGGUCGCUAUCCCCGGAAUUCUCUCUACAGUGACUGCAUUAUCGAGGAGAAGACAGUGGUCCUGCAGAAGAAGGACAAUGAGGGUUUUGGAUUCGUGCUCCGAGGGGCGAAAGCGGAUACACCCAUUGAAGAAUUCACGCCAACGCCGGCGUUCCCAGCCCUGCAGUACCUGGAGUCCGUGGAUGAAGGAGGGGUGGCAUGGCAAGCCGGACUGAGGACUGGGGACUUCCUGAUUGAGGUGAACAACGAGAACGUUGUCAAAGUCGGCCAUCGGCAGGUGGUGAACAUGAUCCGCCAGGGAGGGAACCACCUCGUCCUCAAGGUGGUCACGGUGACCAGGAAUCUCGACCCGGACGACACCGCCAGGAAGAAAGCUCCCCCGCCUCCCAAGCGUGCUCCAACCACGGCCCUCACCCUGCGCUCCAAGUCCAUGACCUCGGAGCUGGAGGAGCUCGUGGAUAAAGCCUCCAUCCGGAAGAAGAAGGAUAAACCCGAGGAGAUAGUCCCGGCCUCCAAGCCAUCCCGCGCUGCUGAUAACGUGGCCAUGGAGUCCAGGGUGGCCACCAUCAAGCAGCGGCCCACCAGCCGGUGCUUCCCGUCUGUCUCGGACAUGAACUCUGUGUAUGAACGACAGGGGAUCGCCGUGAUGACGCCCACGGUUCCCGGGAGCCCAAAAGGCCCGUUUCUGGGCCUCCCCCGAGGUACGAUGCGAAGGCAGAAAUCAAUAGACAGCAGAAUCUUUCUAUCAGGAAUAACGGAGGAAGAGCGGCAAUUUCUGGCCCCUCCGAUGCUGAAGUUCACCAGAAGCCUGUCCAUGCCGGACACCUCCGAGGACAUCCCCCCCCCACCACAGUCCGUGCCCCCCCCCCCCCCGCCCCCCUCCCCCACCACCUACAACUGCCCCAAGUCCCCAACGCCGAGAGUCUACGGGACCAUCAAGCCGGCGUUCAAUCAGAACUCCGCUGCCAAGGUGCCCCCCGCGGCUCGCUCGGACACGGUGGCCACGGUGAUGAGGGACAAGGGGAUGUACUACCGGCGGGAGCUGGACCGCUACUCCCUGGACUCUGAGGACCUCUACAGCCGCAGCGCCGCCGCCCAGGCCAACUUCCGCAACAAGAGAGGCCAGAUGCCGGAAAACCCGUACUCGGAGGUGGGGAGGAUUGCGAGCAAAGCCGUGUACGUCCCCGCCAAGCCCGCCCGGCGGAAGGGCAUGCUGGUGAAGCAGUCCAAUGUGGAGGACAGCCCCGAGAAGACGUGCUCCAUCCCCAUCCCAACCAUCAUCGUGAAGGAGCCCUCCACCAGCAGCAGCGGGAAGAGCAGUCAGGGCAGCAGCACGGAGAUCGACCCGCAGGCCCCCGAGCAGCCGGGCCAGCUGCGGCCCGAUGACAGCCUGACCGUCAGCAGCCCCUUCGCCGCCGCCAUUGCUGGGGCCGUCCGCGACCGGGAGAAGCGCCUGGAAGCCAGGAGGAACUCCCCGGCCUUCCUCUCCACAGACCUGGGGGACGAGGACGUGGGUCUGGGGCCGCCCGCCCCCCGGGCGCGCUCCUCCAACUUCCCCGAAGAGGUUGGCUUCGGCGAGGAGGAUGGCGCCGAGCCGCUGUCGCUGCCCAUGCCGGGGGCACCGCCCAGGGAGCCCGAGAACCACCUGGUGGGUGGCGGUGAGGCCACAGCUCAGGGGGAGGCCGGCAGGCCGCUGAAUUCCACACCCAAAGCCAAGGGCCCCGAGAGCAGCCCCGCCGUGCCCCCCAAGAGCAGCAGCGUGGCUGGCCCUGAGAAUUACGUCCACCCGCUCACGGGCAGGCUGCUGGACCCCAGCUCCCCGCUGGCCCUGGCGCUGUCUGCAAGGGACCGAGCCAUGAAAGAGUCCCAACAGGGCCCCAAGGGGGAAGCCCCCAAGGCCGACCUCCACAAGCCUCUCUACAUCGAUACCAAAAUGCGGCCCAGUGUGGAAGCAGGCUUCCCCCCGGUCACCAGGCAGAACACGCGGGGGCCCCUGAGGCGGCAGGAGACCGAGAACAAGUACGAGACGGAGCUGGGCAAGGACCAGAAGGGCGAGGACAAGAAGCACAUGCUCAUCAACAUCGUGGACACGUCCCAGCAGAGAUCGGCCGGCCUGCUGAUGGUCCAUACCGUGGAUGCAGCCACCACCGACCACCGGCUGCAGGAAGAGGAAGAGAGAGCUGAUGUGGAGGCCCAGCCAGACCACUCGCUGCCCGAGGUGCCAGAAGGCACUCCUGAAACCGAAGGUGCUUUACAGAUCUCCGCCAGCCCCGAGCCCGCCGCCACCGUGCCUGGCAGGACCGUUGUGGCGGCGGGCUCCGUGGAAGAGGCGGUGAUUUUGCCAUUCCGCAUCCCUCCUCCCCCUCUGGCAUCCGUGGAUCUGGAUGAGGAUUUUAUUUUUACAGAGCCAUUGCCUCCCCCCCUGGAAUUUGCAAAUAGUUUUGAUAUCCCCGAUGACCGCAUCGCUUCUGUCCCCGCUCUCACGGACCUGGUCAAGCAGAAGAAACAGGACGCCUCCCAGUCCCCUUCGUUGAACCCCAGCCAACCAGCCAACUGUGCAGACAGCAAGAAGCCGGCUGGCCUUUCCAACUGCCUGCCUGCCUCAUUCCUGCCGCCCCCCGAGAACUUUGACGCAGUCACGGACUCUGGGAUCGAGGAGGUGGACAGCCGGAGCAGCAGCGACCACCAUCUCGAGACGACCAGCACCAUCUCCACAGUGUCCAGCAUGUCCACCCUGUCUUCUGAAGGCGGGGAGAGCGUGGACACCUGCACAGUCUAUGCAGAUGGGCAAGCAUUUACGGUGGACAAGCCCCCAGUACCUCCGAAGCCAAAAGUGAAGCCCAUAAUUCCCAAAAGCAAUGCACUUUAUCAGGACGCGCUAGUGGAGGAGGACGUGGACAGCUUCGUCAUCCCUCCCCCGGCCCCCCCGCCGCCGCCGGGCAGCGCCCAGCCUGGGGCCACGAAGGUGACACCGCCAAGGACCUCCAAGUUGUGGGGGGACGUCUCUGAGGUCAGAAGCCCAAUUCGCUCAGGGCCGAAGGCAAAUGUGAUCAGUGAGUUGAACUCAAUCCUGCAGCAAAUGAACCGAGAGAAAUCGGCAAAGCCGGGGGAAGGAUUGGAUUCGCCCACAGGAACCAAGCCUGCCGGCCUCGCUCCAAGAAGUCCAGAGGUCAUGAGCACCGUCUCAGGUACACGGAGCACGACGGUGACCUUCACGGUUCGCCCGGGGACCUCGCAGCCCAUCACUCUGCAGAGCCGGCCUGCAGACUUUGAGAGUAGGACCUCAGGAACAAGACGUGCCCCGAGCCCUGUGGUGUCACCAACAGAGCUGAGUAAAGAGAUCCUGCCUGCCCCCCUCUCCGCCGCUGCUGCCACUCCUUCUCCCACUCUCUCAGAGGUCUUUAGCCUUCCAAGCCAGCCCCCGUCCGGGGACCUGUUUGGCUUGAACCCAGCGGGACGCAGCAGGUCACCAUCCCCCUCGAUACUGCAACAGCCAAUCUCAAAUAAGCCUUUUACGACUAAGCCUGUGCACCUGUGGACUAAACCAGACGUGGCGGAUUGGCUGGAAAGUCUAAACUUGGGUGAGCAUAAAGAGACCUUCAUGGACAAUGAGAUUGAUGGCAGUCACCUACCAAACCUUCAGAAGGAAGAUCUAAUAGAUCUUGGGGUGACUCGGGUCGGGCACCGGAUGAACAUAGAAAGGGCUUUGAAACAGCUGCUGGACAGAUAAGGGUGGCUGCUCUUUACCUUUACAAACUUCUUGUUAUAAGUAGAGAUGGGCUUCUACUGAAAUAUUUGGGCGGCCAAGCACAGUCUGUGAGCACCAACCCCAUUCCAUGGGUUUGUCUCCUGGUACCCAAAGAAAUGCCGAGUGUGUCCAGGUGUGGCUGAGCGAAGGCCUUGAAACGCCCCCACUCUCCACGUGGGCUUCACGGGCUCUUUCUGUGCAGCAGGGGACACGGGGAGGGAGUUCUGCCACCACGGAAAGAGGCACAGCUUGCCUCCCAGCAUGCAGAUGACCUCACUUUGCCCGGUCCCAGGGACGCCCCCGUCGAUUUAGCACGGGACCCUUGCUCUUGCAGGCAGACACCAGUGUCCUCUAGAUACCUCCUGAGACCUCCCUCCUCUGCUUUCCGGGCAGCUCUCACCACCCAGGCCCGCCUCAGUCUGUGGCCUCCGGGAGGGCACUCAAAGCUCACUUGCUCCUUUCUUUCCUCUACUUUGCUUGCGGUAAGACACCCCAGACCUGUCUGUCCGGUGCCCCUUCUUAGGCCCGAAAGGUAGAGAAUCUUUUUUUCCUCUGGAUUCUUUACCCCAUCUCCUCCUGCAAUGUGCAUCUGUGGUUCUUUGGCCAUGAAGUUUUUGGUCAUGGUGGGGAGUCUGAAUGGGAUCGUGCCCGGCUUUGCUUAGCUUUCUUUAUUUCUGUAAAUCUAUUAGCAUAAUUCCAAGGUGGCCAAACAGAUGUCACACGGAGUUAGUCAAAGCACAAAGUCACGAUUCCAAGGAGGAGGGGAGACCUGGCCAUGGGAAGCAGCCAGUGUGCGGCUGCCUGGGUCCCAAGUCCCCUCCAGGGGAAGAGCGGUCAGUCAUCUGCCAGGAGUGUCUCCAGGACGGUGAGAAGGGGAUUCUCUGCCUUUCGCAAAUUUUUUUUAAACUGAAAGUGUGUUGCAUCCUGCAAAAUCAGAGCAGGUGAGCAUCCACUUUAACACGAGGGUGGGACACGAGGUGAACGGUGGGUGCGUGCUGCGGUGGGGGAGACGGCAUCUUCCCUGGAGCCGGGUGGGGCGCCAUGACGUCAGGUCCAAGCCCGGCCCAGGGUGAGCAUCUCUGCCGAGACAGCCUCUCUGCUCUCUGAGGCCAGGGAAGAUGGUCCUUGGGGGCUCUCUCCCUCUGUCUCCGACUGUCCACACAGCCCCUCAGUUUGUCUUGCAACAGGCUUCUUGAGCACCCAGUGGGUACGGCGUCUAGACCGGACCCCAGGCUGAGAACACACGGUGGGCUACAGGCUGAGGGUGCAGGCAGACAAACGAAGGAAGGAAAGCCAGGGAGGUUUCCCGGGCUGCGCCAGGCCCCUCUCGUGAGGCUUUCCUGAGCCAUGCCCGCUCUCCUCCCUGGAGUCCCCUCCCCUGUAACAAUACCUCCGGUUUCCAAGGGAGGUUGCCACCUGCACGGGGAGCCACCGGACAUCCAGCCAGGCCUCCAGCACAUUCUCCCACACUUGGAAGAAACUUGAACAGCAGGUUUUGGCUUUUAUUAUGAUUUCAGAACUAGCCUAGCCCAUCUCUAAUUAUAAAAACAUGAUUUUUUUUUUUCCUUUCUUUUCUUUAUGCUCACAAUCAAGUGUCUGAUUAGGUCUGGAACAGCUCUAGAAUGAACACAUAAAAUUUAGCAAUUUAAAAUUUCUUUCUUUACUGCAAGUUUAAAUAGUUGUACAGAUAGUUUAUAAGCACAAUAUUUUAAGAAAAAAAAGUGGCUGGUCUACUAGGCAGCCUUUGUGCCACUUCAGUGCUAGAAAGUUAAAGAAAAAAAAAAACUUUUGUGAUUUAAUAACACUAUUUCUGUGGAAUUAUAAAAGUAUGACCUUUUUAAAUCAACCUUAUUUGGAUGCAUCUGAACCAGCAGAGCUGUGUUAUAUUUUCUAUCUUUGCUAGAACUUCGUCAUCGAAGGACAAUUAUUUCUUCAAAAGUGGUUACAAUUCACAAUGCAGCAGUUUCUCCAAAAACAAACAUGCACCACACACGCGCACGCGCACACACAUACGCACAUACACAGUUUUUCCAGCCACAUGCCCCUGAAUUGGAAACUGAGUUUUGGACCUUUCUCUGUUCCAAACCCUUCUGCAGGGCAACCUGUAUUUGAAUGCCCCGAUCCAACGUGAAAUCAUUUGAACACGAAGGCGCUUCUGUCCCGCGCACCUUCCAUCUCUUGGUCGUGGGGUGUGCUGGGGAUGCCAUGGGUGGCCCGCUGAGGCCACCUACGAGUGUUCAGAAAACGAAAAGGUGGUGGUUGGGCCAUUAUUUGUCUUCCAUUUGGUGAUAGAGCAAAAUUCAGUCAGUGCACCGCUCACCCUGGUUCUUCCCUCCUCUGUCUACUGUUCAGCAUUACCUCCACGCUCAGUGCCAGGCGACACGCCAGAACAAGAGAGGACAGGAAGGGAAGGCGCUGCUAAGUUGCCAUCUGGUGGCUUUAGGUUCACUGGACUUUGGCUGCCACUCCCUUUCUUAGAGAGACGCCAAGCCACGGGCAACUAACCAGAAGCAAGCAGAGUGCAAGACAGAAAAAAAAAGCUGGGCAGUCACUUAUUUUUGCCUUGUCUUAUUCUAGAAAAGUCACAGGACCCCGCAGAACCUGCACUGACCAACAGAGUAACCCAUGUUGCCAAGAUGAACCCAUCUCUAGCCCUAUUCGAUGGUGUUGCUACAGAAAGCAAUAGUUCCUCACUGAGAUCGCCGCCCACUGUUCUCCCUCCCCGCCCCCCUUGGACACAUUAGGACCAGGCCCUAUUCCACGACCUCCUCAAUGGUGGGACCCAAGUCAAACUGCUCAUAUAAAGAUCAUGUUAAUACUACUCCAGGUUUUAAGAUCAACUUUUGUUAUCUACUGUAAUUUAAAUAAAUUGCAUUUACAUGCCUAGUCUCUGUAACAUUGUGUAUACAAAACCAAAAUCUCUCAAGAUGUAAAUUAUGUAUACCUGCCAAGACACCUUCUCCAGGGUGUCUGUGCACAUUUUAAGUUAAUUCAUAUAAUAUAAAAUGACUCAAUGUGACUGUUGAUUUGCUGAACUUUACAUAUCACAAAGUGGAUUAUUUGUGGUACUUUAGUUAGUAAAAUGGUGAUUUUUUUUUUUCCUGAGUUACUGAACAAGCAAGCAUUACCCAGGUGAUCUGGCAAUGACUUUGUGUGUGUGGGCCACAAAUAUUGAUUUUUUUUUUCCCAUUAACGAAUUUUUUUUUUUUUUUAGAAACUAAUAUGUUUCACACUAUGGUUUGUGUAACUUGUGUUCGCAUUAUCUGUGUUGCUGUUACUUUUGUGCUUUUAUUCCUUUUAAAACUUUAUUUUGAAAAAAAACAAAACAAAACAAAAAAACAAGCUCCUGUAAUUUGCACUUCCUCCCGAUCCUUCAAUCUCUUGUAUGGCAACCAAAAUCCCUGUAAGAGAAAUAAAUAUGCGAUUGCACUAAGGCUGCAAGGCUCUGAUUGCACACGGUGAAAGCCGUCUGGGUGAACCAGGAGCUGCCGACGUGCAGUCUAACGUAGGCUC